AUGGUGGUCGGCUGCGGGAACAAAUGCAUCAAGUACUUCUUCUGGCUGCUCAACUUCUUGUUCUUUGUCCUCGGCGGCGUCAUUUGCGGUCUGGCGCUAUGGAUGCGAUUUGAUCAGCAAUGGCAACAGAGAAUCCAAGGGUUGAUACAGAUCAAUAUAUCGACCAUUAAUUUUGAUCAGUUCUACUGGCUGCUCUACAUUGUCGCAGCUUUCGGCUUGAUUCUUUUCAUUCUCGGAGGUCUUGGCUGCUGCGGAAGUUGCUGUGAGAGCAUCUGUGUUAUUGGAAUUUACUUCACCCUCGUCGGAAUCCUAUUUGUGUUGGAGAUUGCUGGCGGAGUGUACCUCGUUAUCAACAAGGAUAAUAUCCGCAACAACCUGGCGAAUGUGUGGCGAACGGAGCUGGUUGCCAACUACCAAUCGAACAGUGUUAUUCGGGAUACACUGGAUAAUAUUCAAAGACAGAUGAGCUGCUGUGGAGCUACGGGAUGCUCCGACUACCAAUCGAUUCCACAAUCCUGCACAACAUGCUUUUCCGGGAAUACUUAUGCCGUGCAAGGCUGCGCUUACGCCCUUUUCGAUACGUUCACCUCGAAUAUGGUCAUCGUUCUCGUGAUUGCCAUUGCGAUUUUGGUUGUGGAGUUCAUCGCCCUCGUCUUUGCCUGCUGCACAUGCUGCGCCGUCAAGAGCAAGCGGAACACUAUU